AAGUAUUUUUAUUUUCAUCUAUUGUAACCAUUUCUUUAUUUUGUUGGAAAGAGAUUUAGUAACUUUGUCGCUGCCUUGCCUUUGACGGUCGUGGUUGAAAUUCAAAGCAAGAAGAUUACAAAUAUUUGUAAGACUUCAAGGAAGGAGAAAAGAGGUCUCAACUCCAUUAUCAUACCAAAGGAAGAAGAAGGAGAAACAAGAAGAGGUGUUCAAGUCCAAAACUCCUGAGUUCAAACGCAGCAGCAACUUCUUCGAACUUCCGGAGGUUAUUUUCAAGAAGAUUGGGCGUUGGAAGCUCGAAGUUGAUAGGGGUGACCAAUGAGUCAGGACUCGACUCACGGUCAGGCAAACCCCCACGCGGAGCCUGAGCAUGUUAGUGUUCAUACGGUGCACACUGAAGCUUCUAGCUACUUACCCCAGCAACAACAGCCUCAGCCGGAACCUCAGCCAGUUCAGGAGCAGUUCGCGGGUCAGAACCCGAAUUUAGCCAUUCCGAUGUUCCAACCACAAAUGGUUGCGAACAUGUUUCAGUUCUUCCAGCAGAUGGCUGGAGCACAUGUGCCUCCUCCACCACCGCCUGUACCCAUCAUCUCGAUUGAGAAACUCAAAAGGAAUGGGGCGCAGGAAUUCUGUGGCGAUCAGAUAGCGAAUCCUCUGAUAGCCAAGCGUUGGCAAGAACGCACAGUGAGGGUACUGGAGAAUUUGAAGGUACCUGUCGAGGAUUGGGGACAGCACGCCAUAUCCCUGUUGCAAGAUGCCGCCUAUGAUUGGUGGAAGCGAGUGGGCGCCAACAUUCCCGUGCCGGUACCAUGGGAUACCUUCGAUCCGCUCUUCAGAGCAGAGUAUGUGCCCGAUCACUACGUCGAGACCAAAUAUGAUGAAUUCUCCAAUUUCACCCAGGGAAAGCUGACUCUCCCAGAGUACCACCUGUCAUCAUCACUCAUAAUUGUUCCCCGAGCUGACAUCAAUGAUGUCUACAAGAAGGCUCUUGAGCUGAAUCAGGAACUCAUCAGGAAAGCUGCAUACGACCAAGCAUUGCUGGCAGAAAGUCGGGCCGUCCAAUCGUGCCUGAAGAUGGGGCAUGGUAGCAACAGGACCUUCUCCGCACCGAGCAACUCUCGCCAUGAUAAGCAAGACAAAUCUACCCCCUCUGCAUCUGUGGCUGUCACUAGUAAGAGCGGGAAAGAGAAAGUGACGUAUCGUAAUCCUAUAUGUUCACUCUGUGGCCGCAGGCAUGCUGGUGAGUGUUGGCUUACACAGGGUCUUUGCCUCGAGUGUGGUCAGUUAGGACACUUUCGAAAAGAUUGCCCGACGAAUCCAAGCGAGGUUUUUCUUCACAGCACUAGGCACGCCGGGUGGUUCUACUGUCCGACGGGCCGAACGUACCUAGAGUCAUCGUUCCACGGCUGCGUCUAACCAACUGAAGAAGCCAGCAUCCAGUCAGCAGCAAGGACGAGCACCAGCUCGUACGUAUGCCAUGCAAGGGCGUACAGAUCCGCAGGCUAAUGAUGUCAUCAUGGAAAAUACUGCCCUGGUUUUCUCGAUGGUUGGAGUACCAAAUCUUGUCUGAUCGUGCUGAAAUUUUAGGAGGAGUCUAAGGACUCGUGGAGCUUCAAUCUGAACGGUGGAGAUCGAAUUUCAACGGUUCAAUCUUGAGUUAUGAGCUUCUGAACAGCCUGCAUAUUUUUGUAGAUCAAGAAGAAUCUUUAUUUGAAGGUGUAUUGAAAUCUACGUCCUUGAAGAAGAUCUUUGAGAAGGUGUAACAAGCCGUGGAGAUAGACGCAAACCGAGUUUGUCGUUAAGUCAUUCGUAAGUAGACAAAUCAAUACAUUAGAAGGUU